CCGCUUUUUGUACUUGUCGCCCAAACUUCGAUUCUCGCGCUUUUGCUGGAUCACGAAUCGACAUGCACAAACGCAACCGGCAACCAGCAAUGCCUAUUUGAGUUCAAGCACCAUAACUUCUAAGCAACAUUGCACUGCAUACGCUGCGAUUGCUACGAUGUUAUUUUCCGAAGAAGAUGCGCCACUUCUGAAGAAGUGGAUCAUCAAACGUCUGGAAAACACAUCCGAUGCUGAUGCCGAUGUCCUUGCUGAUUAUGUUCUUGCACUCUUAAGACAUGAUGGCGAUGUACAAGCUGUUCGACAACUCUGCGAGGCUGAGAUUCCCGACUUUUUGAAGGAGGAUUCAACAAUCUUUGUACGAGAUGUCUUCGAUGCAAUUCAGUACAAAUCAUAUCUCCCAGGAGCUCCUCCAAUACGUAGACCUUCCCUCCCUUUCGCGCCACCAAGCGGUCCAUCUGCGCCCUCUACAUCCUCAUAUGGAAAUCUCGGAAUGGGUAUUCCAACAGGACCUCAGAAUGGCUCAAGAAAGCGGUCCUACAACGACAGAGGUGACGGAGAUGUGCAGGAUAGAGGGAAUAUGACGGGAGACCCGAAUGGCAGAGCCUUCAAGCAACCAAGACGCGGAGGAGCUGCAGUGGGUAGAGGCGGCUUUGACCCUUUCUACCAGGGAGGUGGUCGAGGAGGGGGCUUUUCGGGCGGACGACCAUCACCAAUGAAUCUUCAAGGCACGCCCCAACAAGGAUUCCCUGCGGUACCUGGUAUGCCCAGUCCACCACCAGGAAUGCCUCCUAUGGACCCAAACAAUCCUAUGGCAGCUAUUCUGGCUAUGCAAGCUAUGGGGUUCCCGAUUCCUGGCAUGCCUGCUUUCCCCGGAUCAACCUCGCCUCCCCCACAGCAGAAGCAGCGAUGUCGAGACUACGAUCAAAAGGGUUUCUGUGCUAGAGGCAAUACAUGCCAGUACGAACAUGGUGAGCACUCAAUAUGGGUCCCACCUACGAGCAGAGCCGACGAAUACGAUCCCAUGAAUUCAAAUAUUAUGGCUGGUAUCGAGAACACAAGUCCUGGUGCGACCAACAUCAACCAGUUUCGGGGCAGUGAUAGAGGAAGAGGUCGGGGUUGCUUCAGGGGUGAUAGACAGCAACCUGGAAGUCGUGGAGGGCGUAAUGGACGGUCAGAAUUCUCUUCUGAUCGGCCAAAUUACGACAAGAGCAAUACCACAAUCGUGGUGGAGAACAUUCCCGAGGAACGGUUCUCUGAGGAAGAGGUCAGAGGUUUCUUUGCCGAGUUUGGCAACAUCGUGGAUGUAUCGAUGCGACCAUACAAGAGAUUGGCGAUCGUCAAAUAUGACGACUGGAACAGUGCCAACACGGCGUACAAAUCUCCAGCUGUCAUCUUUGACAACAGAUUUGUGAAGGUCUACUGGUACUCCAGUGACGACUCGUUACCGAAGCCGCCUCCAGCCUCCAAGUCCAAUGGAUUCAAAAAGGAAAGCACCGAUCCCAAUACACCUGUUCCUGCUAGAGCAACAUCUGAACCUCAGAUUGACAUCGAAGAGUUUACCCGUAAGCAGCAGGAAGCUCAAAAGGUGCAUGAGGAGAAGAUGAAGAAGAAACAGGAAAUGGAAGCUGCCAAGAAGGAGCUCGAGAGGCGUCAGGAAGAGCUGAUGAAGAAACAAGCAGAGGAGAAACGCAAACUGAUGGAGAGAAUCGCUGCGAAGAGUGGAAAGUCGGCUUCAACGAAUGGAUCUCCAAAUGGUACACCUGCGACAGAGAGCAAGCCCACGUCUCAGACCGAAGCUUUGAAAGCACAACUUGCGGCGUUGGAAGCUGAGGCCCAAUCCCUUGGCAUUGAUACUUCGCUCACAGAUGGCAAUUCAUGGGGUGGUCGUGGGAGAGGGAGAGGUCGAGGUGGCUACCGGGGUAGAGGAGAGUAUGUACCGCGUGGCUACCGUGGAGGAUACCGAGGUCGUGGUGCACCUACGCAUUUUGCAGCAGCUGGUCGUUCAUUCAACCUCGAUAAUCGCCCGAAGACUGUUAGCUUGACUGGUGUAGACUUCACAGAGAGUGCAAAAGAUGAGACCCUUCGGGAAUAUCUUAUGCACAUCGGCGAAUUCACAAGUCUAGAAGCCACCCCGACUCGAGCCCAGAUUGCCUUCACGGACCGGAAGACAGCUGAGAACUUUCUAGCGAGUGUCUCUAGAGAUGGCGGAGAGAUACCCUCCGCCGGCAAAGUUGAGGUAGCUUGGGUCAAGACCCCUCUACCACCCGUCACUACACCUGCAACGAAGGCCAUCCAGUCCAAGAAUGACGAGGACACAAAUAUGGACGAGGGCGAUGCGAUGGCUACGGGUAGCCCAGCACGUGGGGUUGCUGCGGCUGAAGGCAACCAUGAACACCAGGAGAACUUGGAUUACGACGUUGCUGACGAUGAUUGGGGUGUUCAAUGAGCAUUUGGAUCUGCAUAAUGAUUCUAGAGGCGCUCAUCCAUGCACAAAGGUGCAAUUAUGACACGGAUUGGAGAACUGUACAUGAUGUAUCAUAGACUUGUGACGAUAUUGAGAAGCAAAUGUCUUAAAGACAUUGAUAACAGCAGAGUCCUAAUACCCGAUACUAAUGACUUAAUUACUGU